CUUAGGCAGGGGGCCGAUAGUGCUCGUGGAGACGACACUUCAAAGCUCAAGAGCCUUGUCCCAGAUUGGGUCAAUCGCGCAUUCAAACCCAAUCCGCCAGUCGACCACGAGGAUAAGUACAGCCAUGGAUUUGUUAAUGACGCGUGUGGAAAAUUACUCUGUCCAACCGAGUUGGACUGGAAUAACCCUACAGCGGGAAUUAGGGAUCGCGCUGAUGGUUAUAUCGUGACAGAAAUGUCCUGGCCAACAUUCCUGUAUGAAAGAUACACUGCCGAUGAGAAUAAUCUGGAGGAGGGUCUCUUCAAAAGUGCCCUUUUGGUCCAGGCCUUCAAGUCUAUAUUCACUUCUCCCUCUUCUGCAAAGAGAUUGACGGUGAAGGCGAUGACCCAUGUGGCGCAAAUCAUUAAGAUGCAUAAGGUUUCGCCGCGCUCAAUCGCAUAUGUAGCGUGCCAAGUAAGUGAUUUUGUUCUUCAUUUGAUUUCUGACAACGUUAUAUUAUGCUCACAGUUACGAUUUGCACUUUCGUCCAUGACUUCAUGGCGCUCAGUCGAUGGUGACUUCGAUUAUGUACAAUUCUGGUAUCACAUUGUAGACUUUUUCGAGAAAGCCCCUGGCCGAGUAGCCCAGCAAAAAGUUGACUGA